AUGUCAUUUGUACCUGUAAAAGACUUUGAUAGCAACUCAUUCAAGGCAUCAACUCUUAUUUUGCCUACUGUAUCUAUCGGCAAUGUGCCUCAAUUAGCGUGUGAUUUGAUCAUUCAUACAUUCAAACUCGAACGUGUAGGCUUUCUUGAUGAUGAUUCAGUAAUGCCUAUAUCUGGUGUGCGCGAGGAUACGGAUGCACCAGGCACAACCGCUCCUAUCGAAGUAUACCAAUCCAAGGAUCAACGCUGGACAUGUAUUCAGCAACGUUCACCCACCAUUAAAGGCAAAAGGCAAGAGUAUCUGGAUAAUAUGACUAGAUUUGCAGCACAGUUUCAACAAGUUGUCUUGUUAACCUCAAUGGAUGCCUCUCGUCGACUAGAUUCACAGAUUCGAGGGGAGCCUUUUAGAGUGUAUGGCGAACAUGGCUUGGUUAUGCGUGCUGUUACAAUGGGUAUUCCAGUAUUGGAGAAUUUUGAGCUUGAGUCAAGUCAGAAUAGUGAUAAUGAGCGUCAUAUGCGUUUACCCGGCUCUGGUUUAGCAAAGCAUUUGUAUCAACAGUUGGACCAAAAGGAAGUGGAAACGACAUUACUUUUAAUGUUUGCACUGGAAGGAGAUAACGUUCAAGAUGGUAUUGAGUUUGCCAGAUUCAUCAACACAUUGUUAAAAAUACAAACAACUGGACUUUCACAGUGGUCACCACCCAAGAGUUGGAAGUUUUUAUUUGGUACACCUUACAAUGCAGAAUUAUAUCAAUAA